CAAUAAGCCCCCCCAGUGGGCCUGCUGCUAAUCUUCUGGCCGGGUUAAUUGGAAGCCUGCCUCCCAUCGUCCCCACCACAUGACCUCAGUGAUUUCCUGAUCAACAUUUUCAAUUAAAACUAUCAAAGUUUGCUCGGCGGACGAUGGAGGCGGUGCGCGGGCGAUUGCCGGGCAUCCUGGUGGCGGUGGCGCACGGCGUGUUUUCGGGGAGCCUCAAUAUCCUGCUCAAGUUCCUCAUCAGCAGCCUGCACUUCCGCUUCCUCACGCUGCUCCAGCUGUGCACGUGCAGCGUUGCCGCGAUUGGCUUAGAGAUCCUCCGGAGGCUUGGGAGGGUCUCCGUGCCCCCCUUCAGCCUCAGCCUCUCCAAGGAGUUUGCGCCGGUGUGCAUCCUGUCGACGCUGCAGUCGACGCUGACGCUGUGGUCACUACGCGGCCUGAGCCUGCCCAUGUACGUGGUCUUCAAGCGUUGCCUGCCGCUCUUCACGCUCGCCAUCGGCGUCUGCGUUCUCAGGAACAGCGUCCCCUCGCCCGGCGUGCUCACCGCCGUCGCCAUUACCACUGGGGGCGCCGCGCUCGCCGGGGCGGGAGACCUGAGCGGCGACCCAUUUGGAUACGUGACGGGCGUCCUGGCGGUCAUCAUCCACGCGUCAUACCUGGUCCUCAUCCAGAAGACCAGUCUGGACAGCCAGCACGGACCCCUCACCGCGCAGUACGCCAUCGCCGUGAUGGCCACUCCGGUCCUACUCGUGUGCGCUGUGGUCUCAUCAGACGCCGUGGCCAUGUGGUCAUACCCCGGCUGGAACGACGCUCGCGUCGUGACCCUGUUCCUGUCCAGCGUGGCCAUCGGCUGCGCCAUGAACUUCACCACCUACCACUGUACCUACCUCAACUCGGCCGUCACCACCAGCUUCGUGGGUGUGGUCAAGAGCAUUGUCACCAUCACCGUGGGCAUGGUGGCCUUCGAUGACGUGGCGCCAACCGCGCUCUUUGUGGGCGGCGUGGUGGUCAACACCGUGGGCUCCGUCACCUACUGCGUGGUCAAAUUCUUUGAGAUCAGGAAGAAAGGUUCCUACGAGCACCUGGAGGGCGGCACCAAGGACGCGGCGGUCCCACCCAGCGAGCGCCACAAAGCCUCACAAGGGGGCGAUGCCCACCCGGUGGAAGCAGGUGUCAACUGUGGGGCGGGGGAAGCAGGUGUCGACCCUGGGGCUGGGGAAGCAGGUGUUGACCGUGGGGUGGGGGCUGUGGCCUCCCGCCUGAUGAUGGAGAAGAACGCGGUGCAGAUGCAAGGGGAGCGCCUUCAAAGGAAGGUCGUUGGCGCCGCUUCGGGGCAGGCGGCGGGGAACUACGUCGGGGUGUGGCGCUCCAUCAGGCAGAUGCACGUCACCAAGGACGAUGGGCUGAUCGAGAACAUGGAGCAGCAGAGCCCCUGAAGGCCGGCGAGCCGGCUAAACGCACCGCGCUUCCUGUUAGCGUCAAAAUAAAAGCCCGAGACGAGACAGAGAGAGACACCACGAGUCUUUUGGGUGAAAAGCCAAACAGCAAACGAAAAGGGUCCAGUUGCUUGCCGAGUCCGACGGGGCCGUGCCCUUUUGUUUGUUUGUUUGUUUGUUUGUUUGUUUUCCUCGCAGAUGCCUCGACUUGGGUUUGGCGAGGCUGAGCAAAACCCCGGCCGUCUCGAGAGCUUUUAUGCUGACGCUGACAGGAAGCGAGGUGACGACGUCGCUAGCACAACGAAAGCUAAGGUUUGCCUGAGCCCUGCGCGACUCCCCGCGCUCCAGGCCUUACUUUCUAAAAGGAAAUAAGAAGCUAUGAUUGCUAUUGAUUUUUCUCAGACAUCUUUUAACGCUACAAGAUGAGCGAGCGUAGGUGACGAUGAGCAACACCAAAACGCCCGCGGCCACAGCGUGUGUGCGCCCGCCCGCGCGCAUGCGUGUGUUUGAGCACCUGCGUGUACAAUUGUGUGCUCGCUUUUGUCUACCUUUGUAUGUGCGUGCGCAUGUCCCUAAUUAUAUUUGCCUCUGUAUGUGCACGUGUUUCUUUGCGUGUGUGUGUGUGCACUCGCCGUCAGCGAGAGUGCAUGCCAAAGUAACCUUGUUGUGACACACGUGAGAGCUAUUGAGAGCAGGUUGCCUUAGAUUGAAGUUUGUCCUGUGUGUUUUGGUGAAGAGGAAAUGUUGUCCGCAUGAUGACGAGCAGUUGUUCCUGAAUCCUUCAUUAAAAAUAAUGACGUGUGA